AUGGCGGACCUGGGCCGGCAGUUGCAGGAGUACCUCGCGCAGUCGAAGGCCGCUGCUGCCGGCGGCUCCAGCACGGCCUCCGCGCCGCCGCCCGCCGGCUGCUCGCAGGAGGAGGCGGGGAGCGGCGGCGGCGGCCUGGGGGCCUGGCUGGGCCCGCUGAACCCCUUCCCGCCGGGCCGCGGCGCCCCCCCCGCGCCGGCGGCGCCCGCAUCGGGGCCGGGCUCGGGCUGGCCGUGGGCGGCCGAGGCGGACCCCUGCCUGCCGGGUCUGUCGCGCUGGCAGCGGCUGGCGGGGAGCGGGCUGUGCCUGCUGCUGGCCGCGCUCUGCUUCGGGCUGGCCGCGCUGUACGCGCCGCUGCUGCUGCUCCGCGCCCGCAAGUUCGCGCUGCUCUGGUCCCUCGGCUCGCUCUGCGCCCUGGGCGCCGCCGCCCUGCUGCGCGGGCCCGCCCGCCUGCUGCGGGAGCCCAGCCGCGGCUCCCUCCUCUACCUGGGCGCCCUCGGCGGCACCCUCUACGCGGCGCUGGGGCUGCGCAGCACCCUCCUGACGGCGCUGGGCGCCGCCGUCCAGCUGGGCGCCGCCGCCGCCGCGCUCCUGGCCGCGCUGCCCGGGGGCGCCGCCGGCCUGCGCCGCCUCGGCGGCCUCCUCGGCGCCGCGCUGCGCCGCCGCGGCAAAGCGCUGCCGGUGUGA